CUUUUACAGCUCGACGAAGGACGCGAAGAGGACAUGAAGCGUUUCGUGUCCUGACAGCGGACGCCUCACUUGACCCACGCCUCGCUACGAGCCCAGCUUCACUAGUUGACAUGCCGCCUGAUCUAAAUUCACUCCCUCCAUCCACGUCCUCUUCUCCUUACCAGAAUCGCAGAGUCAGCCUGUCAAUGGAUAGCAGCAACGGCAGCCUCGCGCACUCGCUUUCCCCUCGAUCAUCGUCGAUCUCGCUACAGGCCACAGCAACCAUGAAUGCGGCAGCAGACUCGUCUCGCCGUUCCUCCUCUGGAGCCCACCGCGGCUCGCCUCAGACAAGACUCUCUGAGCGUCGUCGGUCUGGAGCUGCCAAUCUCCACGAAGCCUCCCAUUCUGACCCUACCGGCACCGAGUCUCCUCAGAAUAGACACAAUCGCUCUUCGUUUGGGAGUGUUUUCAGAACUCAUAGUCCUACCAGCAUUGCUGGAAGCCCUGUGAUUGCUACUGGAGACCCCCACCAUCAGCGUGCCCCUUCACUUGGCGAGCUGCACCAGGAGCUUGAGCAGGAGCAGGAAGCUCAAGUUAAUCGACUCUUGUUGAUGAUUCGCAACCAGCAAGCCCAGUUGCAGCAGCUUCAAUCACAGCAGCAGACCGCAGCAGGCGGCGGGACAGCCAUCGAUGACUCAACUCCCACCUCUGAGAGAUCAUUCUCCUUCCCACCUAUCCCACCGUUACCUGUUGCUAGCCAGCGAAUCCCCAUUCCUACUGGGUCUAACCUCUCUGCCCGACGGGGCUCGAACGCUGCCAUGUCCCCGCUUACCUCCAUUCACCCUGCCGGGACACAGGGAGAGACCGGCACUAGCGCGGGGAGCAACGACUGGCUCCAACUCUCGGAUUCUAAUGGCCGUCGAGGCAGCAGAGAUGAAAACUCUUACUACCAAGCUGAGACAGCUGCUUUGUCUAGAGAGAAUCAGAUGCUCAAGGUUCGCAUUAGGGAACUAGAGCGACAAGUAGCUGAGUUGACUGCUAAUAAUAGCCAAUCAUCACCAUCAGCAACCCAGCCAAGUGAGAGUACUCAGCCAACUCCCGCUGCGUCUGCUACCACCUCUGCUGCUACAACUGAUGCUGCUACUGAGAGCAACCCGCAGACACCAACAGUCCAGGGCAGCUCCGGGCCAUGAAAAAGAUAACACCUUGAGUGAAACUAAAGGUAACAAGGUGUUACUACAUUAACUACCAUAGCACGCAUGAUGCGCAUCCAUAUAAGCAGCAAGGAGAAAUGCGACCCGCCCAUAGUAUGUUAGGACUGCCAAUAGUACAACAAAAAGGCUCUAAACAAGCCCUGUGAAUGGGAUCUAAAAUAACAAAGCAAAAAUACCAAAGAAAGAAAAAAAAAGAAAAAAAAUUGGGGAAACCACAA